UAGCUUUAGCAGUGACAGUGUACAUGGUUACGCGGUGGAGCUAACACAGCCAAGGAAUACUCACCAACAAGGUCGAGAACAAAUGUUCCCGAAUGGAGGCCUUGCUGAUCGUGAUCCUUGGAUGUCUGCACGUGAUCUCGCCGCACGUGACCCAGGGCGAGAUACAGUACAGUGUGUUGACAGCUUCCAUAAACAAUGACGUGAUCGUGCGCACUAAAUCUGGGACAGUGCGCGGCUUCAAGCAGGAGGUGUCUGGUCGGACGGUCGAGACGUAUCUUGGCAUCCCGUAUGCCAAACCACCCGUAGGAAAGCAGCGGUUUCGUCGCCCAGAGCCAUACGGGCGCUGGUCGGGCAUCAAAAACACCACAGUCCUGCCCCCUAGCUGCUAUCAGUCCACUGAUGAGAACUUCGACAGAUUUCCCGGAGUUGAGAUGUGGAAUCCGAACACGAAAUUGAGCGAGGAUUGUCUAUAUUUAAAUAUUUGGUACCCUCGUCCCAAGGAGGACUCCAAGCGUGCUCAGACGGACUCGAAAUUACCUGUUCUUGUAUGGAUUUAUGGCGGGGGAUUCUAUUCCGGGAGCUCCACGCUUGACAUAUAUGAUGCGCGAAUACUGGCGGCGCAUACGGACGUUAUCGUCGCCUCGAUGCAGUACCGAUUAGGACCGCUAGGGUUUUAUUUCCUUGAUCACGAGUUAGCGCCGGGCAAUGUGGGUUUGCUUGAUCAGAGCAUGGCCCUGGAGUGGAUCAAGGCCAACAUCGAGCAUUUUGGUGGUGAUAAGGACAGGAUCACCAUCUUCGGUGAAAGUGCCGGGGCAGUAAGUGUAGGAUUUCAGCUCAUCAGCCCUAUGAGCCGGGACUUGUUUACAAAUGCUAUCAUGCAGAGUGGCUCCGCGCUUUGUCCAUGGGCAGUCCAGUCGCACUCCCUGGCCACGAGGCGGUGCCGCACCCUGGCCAGGCUAGUAGGCUGCGACAUCCCCGGCAAUGACACGAGGCAAAUUAUGGAAUGCCUCUAUCAGGUUGACCCACUAAAACUUACUAACCAGCAAUGGCAUGACGACAUCAUUGACGCAUACUUUGAGGUGCCGAUAGGGCCGGUAGUUGACAAAUAUUUCUUCCCGGAACAUCCGAACCUCAUGCUCCAGAAAGGCCAGUACAAGCGCGCACCUAUCCUCUUGGGCUCCAACAAGGAUGAGGGCAGUUGGUUCCUGCUCUACGGGUUACUGAAUACCUACUUCAAUUUGAAGAAUGAGCGGGAGCUAGAGAGGAAUGAAUUCCUUGGCGCCUUGAAGGCAAUCACGGGCAAUAACCACAACCUUGUGAUGGAUGCCAUAGUGUUCCAAUACGAGAGGUCACAGCCUCAACAUGUGCGGGGCACGUACAGGGACGUGCUGGACGACAUCGCUGGCGACCAUAACUUCAUCUGCCCGACCAAUGAUUUUGCUGCCAUCUAUACGCAUGGUGCCCAGGAUGUCUUUAUGUACAGGUUCUUGCAUCGGUCGACGGUUAACCCAUGGCCGGCGUGGAUGGGGGUAAUGCACGGCUAUGAGAUAGAGUUCAUAUUUGGGAAGCCACUCAAUAAAAGCCUCAAAUAUACGAAAGAAGAGCGAAUCCUGAGUCGUCGUAUGAUGAAAAUGUGGAGCAACUUCGCAAAAACUGGCAACCCCAACAAGGCGAACAAACAUCACAACAAGACUGAAAAGUGGCCCAGGUAUAAGUUGGACAACAAAGUUUAUCUUAACCUGGAUGGCCAAAGGAAGCUCCGGGUUGAAGUGGGGCCUAGGACCAAGGCGUGCGCCUUCUGGAGCAGAUAUAUACCCAGUCUAUUGGAAAACAUCAGGCUGCGGAACACGGUUGACAGAGGUCCAAAAUGUGCACAGUCGCAACAGAGCCGCGGUCGGGUCACUGGUAGCAGUGGGCGGCACCUGCGAAUGAGCUGUUGGAUCGUCCUAGUAUUUUCUCUGUUAACUCUCAUGACGUCACGAUAUGUUGUAGGCUGGUGACGUAUUUCAUGAUAAAGGAUACACAUGCAGUUCUACGAGACUUCGCGGGAAAGUGAUACACUUCCUGGCAGCCUGCCAAGCUGAGCUAACGAAUGACGUCAUCCUAGCUGAUUAAUGGCAAUGAAUCUCGGAAGAACGGGAUGUCUUUAGACAGAGAGAUGUUAAUUCCACAGGAUAUCAGGUUAAAUUCCAAAAUUUGGAAUGAAAUUAUUUUCUGAGCCGGAUGGUUGGUAAAGGAAUGGAAAUUGAAAAAUGACCAUUUCCUCAAGGGGUGCACGUAGUAACGUGCAGCUGACCACGGGACUAAAAUAGGGUACACGGGUACCGUAGUUGGUUCUUGAAGAACGCACCAUCCUUAACCUCAUGGCAUUAUACUUCUUUCAAAGUAGAUGAGAUGCAAAAACAUUGGUGUUGAAGAUGCGAACGAACUUGUAAGCAAAAUAUAUAGGAUUCCUCUUCUGGUUGUUCACAGUAUGAUAAUGAUGAUGAUGAUAAUGAUGAUGAUGAUAAUGAUGAUGAUGAUAAUGAUGAUGAUGAUAAUGAUGAUGAUGAUAAUGAUGAUGAUGAUGAUGAUGAUAAUCACCACCAAGAAGUUUCCCUAAAUCUAACUGAAUUUCAGUUCCGGUGUAUCAAAGGCACUUGUAGCGAUACACGUCAGUUGGUUUUCAGCUUGCACUUGACAAAUUUGUUGAAAAGAAAGUUUUAUAUUCUGUCAGUACAAAUACCAUCAUUACUCAUGUGUGGCCGCACCCACUGCUGUAUCGUGUUCCGAUAAUGCUAUUCUUUUCUCCAAUCCUUCUUUGGCGAUGAAAGAGUUUCUUGAAAUGAUUUUUGUGCGAGGGCUUUCAGUGUUAUACAGGCACCAAACUAGGUGCGAAUUUAACUUAAUAAUUAUAGUAAAACAAAGUUUUCGAUCCAUCAGAAAAUUGCCAUAACAGUGUUCUGUAUUUUCCAUCAGAACACGUUGUCUUUAAAAGCGUUUUCUCAAGAUGUUGCGUUAAAGUCUGGGGAAUGGUCCCCUGUGCCUAUUACAAAACAAACGUACGUACCCCGUUUUCAUGCCUAAAGCUAGAUUUACAUGUAUACGUUGAAUCGGAUGCGUGAUACGUUUCCAUUUCCAGCAUCCGAGUUUCCGAUACACAUUUAUACGUAAUAGCGAGCGCUUUAUUAAGGGCAAAACUUUUCUAUAGAUUCCCAUGCAUUAAAGCAUUUUUUUGAAUCGUGGUAAUCAGCAUACUUCGGAUUGUACAGGAACGGACGAUCUCGGACAGCGUUCACCAAGUCCUCAACGAAAUUUUUCUUCAACCCUGUCUUCCUCGGCAUGGGUCGACUUCAAGGAAAGUAUAUCCCAAAAUGACGUCAUUUCAAAGGAAUUUCUAUCCGUUCACGUGCCUGAUAGCACGGAUGCGUUGGAUUCGACCAACGUAUGCGCUUAAACGCACCCGUUUUAUGCAGUUGUCGGAGAUAUGUGAAUGCGCAAAUGGUUAAGCAUGUGUUGAAAAAUUUUCGUUGGACGGAUGCGUUAAACGCAUACGAUAUACGGAUUAUAAAACGUAUAAAUGUAAAUUUAGCUUAACCUCACAUCAUAAACUUUAUAAAUGGACGUGUUGAAAAUCGGUUUCAUUGAAUCAUACAACACACGUACGGAUGUGUCAAAUAAUCGGAGCAGCCGCUGUUCGCUGUGGCUUUUAUUUCCUCAGGAUUUUUUUAUAUGACGCGGGAUAGAGUGAAUGAAACCUGAAGCUGAGGGUGGUUUGCUCAGCGGCAAGACUGUAUUUGCCAGUUGAGCAUCAUCGCCAAUAACACUUGUAGGUAUUCUGAACCCCAGUUACUGGGCAUGGAACUGUCAAAACCUGGUCAUAGCUGUACUGAAUGUAUCUGAUAAAGUCCAAAAUUUGUCGCCGAAGCGUUAUUUCAAAGCCAACCAGAGUAAAGAUGUAUGUGUACAUAGUAAUAUGCACACGCAGCAGUUAAUGCCUAUUCAUUGGUAGGAGACUUUUUCCGACUUCUUAACGGUUUCUCGAACUUUUUCCUGAUUUAUCCUACAAGUCCGGCGUUUCUCUGAAAGGUCGGAUUUCUAAAACACGAGUGAAAAAUACCAGGGCUUCCCAAAAUAGGGCAAGAGAUUUAAUGAUAUGCGAACUAAAUUGUCAGAGUGACCCAAAACGUGAAUACUAAUUAGCUGACUCAAUUAGGUCCCUUUGAAUGUUUGGCUCACACAUCAUGAAACUCAUUCAAUAUACUUAGUAUGUCUUUGAUCUUUAAUGCCCUUUUCUAGGAGGCCCUGGUAGUUUUCACAGGUUUUCUAGAAAUCCAACCUUUCAGGGAAAUGUCGGAUAAUGUCGGAAUUUUGUUGGAUAAAUCAGGAAAAAGUUAGAGAAACCGUUCAGAAGUCGGAAAGAGCCCCCUAGUGAUUGACGUCCGAAGAUAGAUCUCAGAUGGAGUAUGAUCUGCUCACAUUGUGGGCUACCUUGCGUCGUUUUUCAAAUCUAGCGCCAACGUUCUCUUUCGUUGGUGCCUCUCACAAUGAAGUUCUAAUCUUAUGACACCAUUCCAAAGUUUUUUCUUCAAAGUUUGAUUUUUUGGGUGGGGUUGAUUUUGUACUUUUAUAUAAAUGAUAUAGAUGAUAGGCUAGCGUUGAUCAGCUGUUGUUUAUAAUCAUGUUUGUUAUAAGAUAGUGCUUUGUUUGCAUGACAUGUACAACGCCUCGAAGACUGGACAUAAAACUCCGCAUCAAAUCGAGUUUGAUCAAAAUUGAAGCAUGGCAAAUUGACAUUGGUGAACCAGUUGCUACAGUUUGUACUCAAGCUGUCAAACACAUUAGGUAGAAUGGGGUAUUUGUAGCCCAGGUGUGCAAGGGAUAGUAGUCCUAGGGCUGAUAGUCCGUGUAACAAUAGCCCGCAUUGCUAAAUGUUUUGGUUAGGGUUAGCGGUACAAUAGAUCAUGUUGCUUAAUUGGUCAAAUACAAUGUUACUGGACUAUGACUCCAGCGGGACUAUAUCUGCUGUCACACCGGUUUAAUUGUAGACCCCGCCUGUGAUAUUGGUUGAUAUCCCCAUGCAUCAAACAGUGCAGAGGCUACAAAUAAACCGGGGCUACAAAUACCCCUUUCUACCUUAAAUAGUUCUUACUUUGAAAUUGAUGGGGAAAACUACAUGGGGUAUUCUGUGUUGUGUAAAUUGUUAGGUGCACUUUUGACAUCGUCGUCGAGCAGGAAAAGGCAAGAUACCCGGAGUAUUGGCUUUUGAGCAUAAGGCAUGUAAGGAGAGGAAUGGAGGGGCAUAACCAGGUUUCGUCACAACUCACAGUUUCAAUUAUAAAGUAGCUGUGAACGAUAUCACCAAACUGCUAAUCAAUGUCCGAUUUUACUGAUCAAGCACUCCAUUCAGCUGAUCUAAGUGAAGCAAGCAUUGGUUUCAUAAUCAAGCAGAGUCUUAUUAGGUGAAAUUUCGGGAGAAUCAGGUAGAGCUCUGUGAUACGAUGAUACGGAUGUAUGGGGUAUUAGGCCAGAUGAGUUUUAUUUCUAAUACACUACUGCUUGCAUCUACUGCGGCGUAAAGUUACCAUUAGAUUGCGUGAUUUAGAUAGAUUAUCUUCACCCCGACUAUUCACACCUCCAAACCGACGGGCAAUUCCCAUUCUGACGAGCUGACGAUACCAUAUUUUAUAUGCAACCAGCGAUGAUUUUUCAAUAGAACACCAGAAAAUCCCUUUCUACCUCAAGAAAUCGUCUGACCACGAAAAUGUAAUGCCUACAUUCGGAUCUCCGAACAUUUUCCAUGGGGUGUACAUAGAUUAUGGCUCUGGCAAAUCGUCGGUUUGGCAGUUGCCCGUCAGAAGGCAGAUCUGAUUAGUCUAGGUGAUCUUGUGAUAUUCAUGUAUAUACUAUAUGUUUUCAUUUGUUUCGAACUAUAUGACAUGUCAAGAAAUCGCCUGACCACGAAAAUGUAAUGCCUACAUUCGGAUCUCCGAAUAUUAACCAAGAGAUUGACAUCUCACACAUCACAUUUGAUUCAGUUAUAAAGGUAGAUUCAGACAAAAAGCAUGCUCGCAAUCAAAGAUCGAUACGACUGUUUGUUUACUUUUGAAUCGGCGCAAUCCACGAACAUUUGAAUGACCCUAAAUUAGCAAAUUAUCCCAUCAAAUAGGCUGAUUAAGGGAUGAUUGCAUUCCAAAUCUUCCCUAGAUCCGAAUACAAUCAUUCAAAUUACAAGAUACAAUGGUUUUUUGCAACACAAGACGAUUUUAUGAGACUUCAUAGACAAUUUUCCAUGGGUUGUAUAUAAAUUAUGGCUUGCAGAUCGUCGGUUUGGCAGUUGCCCGUCAGAAUGCAGAUCUGAUUAGCCGGGGUGACCAUGUGAUAUCCAUGUAUAUACUAUAUGUUUUCCUUUGUUUCGAACUAUAUAACAUGCAUGUUGUCACUGAAUGAUAAUUCUACAUACGGGUGAAUUAAGUUAGUUUCCAUGUGGUAUCAUGCCGUUGUGAUGCAUGAAAAAUCAAGGGACGAGGUUGUCCGAAAUGAGAUUCAUCUUCAAAAUGAGAUUAACUAAACAGACUUGUACAUGUAUAAUGUCGUCGCUACGCCACCGGAAUCGGUUAUUCAACUAUUGCAACUGCCGCUGCUCCCAUGUCCGAGCUUCCUUCGUCCUACGACCCCGGGCGAUCGUUGAGGUCCGAGGACAAAUGUUUCCUGCAUAUCCCAAGGCGUCGCAUGGAAACGUAUGGUGGUAGGAGCUUCCCUGUCCAAGCGACAAGGCUUUGGAAUAAGCUUUGGAAUAAGCUCUUUGUUGAUAUCAAAAAUGCUCAGACUGUUGCCAUUUUCAGGCGUGGGCUAGAGAGACCUCCUUUUCAGACAAAAAAUUUAAACCGCAUUCGAGCAAUCCUUUUUUGAUUUUGCGGUAAAUUUUCAAUUUCAAUUCAGUUUCAGCAACUAAUUGUGGCAAGGGUGAUCAUAUUACCCUCAAGGCAUAAGCCUCAUCGGACAUUGGUCCCCAUCGCGGAAUCGUCCCCCACGAACUUAAUUUACUUUUCAUUUCUGCUUCGAUAUAUCUCUGCAGCGUAAUCACUAGGGAAGCGAGGUUUUAACCUUAUACCUAGCUUCUUUUCCCGUAUGGGUUAUAUACUGGAUGGUUUUCCUCGAUAAUGGUAUUCUUGUGAUGAGAGCAAGCGAUCUGCCAAUGACAAUAGCCCGCCUAAUGUAAACCGGCAAUUUAGCUAUGAUGUUCAGGACAGCAUCCUUUAUCACCAGCAGAAGAUCCAGAUGCACAUCACGGACAUUCCUGAGAGCUCGACUUUGACUUCCUUACUCGGAAAUGUAAAUUUGACCCGUCAGCAUUAAGCGCCUGAAUAAUCCUGAAUAAUAGGUUUUUUGAAGUGUUUGAAUGUUCAUGUAUAAUUAUGUUAUACUCAUCAUGUUUUGCCGUACCAGAUACAGUUCAAAAUGAAUGUUGUAAUAUUUAUCAGGAGGCCGAGUUAACGUUUUUGAGUAUUUCCCCUCAUUAUGUGGGAACGCUGAAUGACAGGUCGACACGCUUGUCAUUGUUCCCCCUAUCAAAAAGUUACGGCCUCACUAAUUGCCUACUCUGUGGAAACACUAAAUAUGUGACCCGUCACAGCAAAACCAGGCGCAUGUCGCACAGAAGAUGAGCCAAAGUGACACCAGGAGAUAAUGGAAGAAAUUGAUGUGCUCAUAUUUCACAAAAGGCAGACAAUAGAGAAUUGAUCAAACAGUCCGUCUCAAGCUGCCAAGCUCAGAGCGACAUGCGCCUGGUUUUGCUGUGACGGGUCACAUAUGGGGAAUAACCAAAAACGUUACACCGGGUCGGGAGAUUUUAUAAAGUUCCAAAACAGUUCAUUCACCGUGUUGUGAUUUUGAAGUAUAAUGUAUAUCAAACUUGUACAAUAAGUACGCCAAGCCUGUUGAUCCACACCAGUUCAUUAGUGUUGUGAUGUUAAUGUAGUGUAACCAUUAUGAUAUUUUACACCGUUCAAUGUUAUUUCGCAGUGAAAACUAGAAGCGAUAGGAUUCGUCAAAGUUACUUGUAGCGCCUUACCUGUUAUUGGCUGGCACUGUGAAACACGCUGCUGACUCGGCGCAAUUGAUUUUGCGCUAGAACUAAAUGAGGGGUUUAUGCCUCAGGGGUUUGUGUGCAGGGCCGCAGAAGCGAACAUGAACCCCUGAUUCCUCAGAAUGAGUGAGGAAAGAUAGUAAUUUGAAUACGGAUCACUGGCCAACAUGAUGUUAUUAAUUGUGCAGUACGUUCAAUAGACAGGGUCUGAUACUUUGCUCAUUUCUGACCGUCGCAACCAGUUGACUUUGGGUGCUCCCCCCCGCAUCGGCCGACAAACACCAACUCCCAGCCCACUGACAUAGCCACUGAUAUACGUGUGUUGUCGGUGGGGGAGGUGUUUCUCAGUCGAUUGGUGUGGGGAAGGGGGCGGGGGCUAUUGAGCACUUAAUUUCACGUGCUUGUGCUUAUUGUUGGGCGUUUAUUUUCAGGCUAAUUCUUUCAAAAACAGUAUAUUUCUUUAAAUAAUUUACUAUCGCUGCUAGUUUUCAUGCUAGGAAGUUGCAUCCGAAAAUAUUGCUUUUAAAUAACUAUCUCAUUUUAAAAAUACAGUGAAAUCUCUCUCAGAGGUAUACCUCUGUUAACUAUGGUUAGCAGCACAGCCUCUCUGUCAAGGACAUUGCUUCUGGUCCCAAAUUGAUCCAGUACAAUCAAUAAGUCCUCUCUAAUGAUCAGGACACCUUUCUUUUCAGGACAUGAUUAUUUGUCAUUCCCAAGGAUGUCCUCAAUGAAGAGGUUCUGCUGUAGACUUAGGUUGUGUUGCCCUUUUGAGGGUUUUGCUGUGGAUAGGCCACUGUAUCAUUGCAAAUAGUCGUUUAUGCUGUAAUGCGUUUUUCCAGGCCAUUAAAAACAAUGUUUAGUUCUAUGGCACUUCAUGUAAAAUUAAGUUUUCACCUUGACACAAAGCUCACCACAUUAUCAUGUGGUAUGACUUAUCUACCGAUUACUUCAGAAAAAUUAAAACGAAAAUUGAUAAUGAUUUGCUUUGCUUUACAUAACGUAAAAUAACCUUAUACUUUAUUAAAGUUGACUUAUAAAAGUCAUUGCUUCGAUAACCUGGCUUUCAAUAUCAUAACCGUUAUGAUAAGUUAGUACCGUAUAUCGGGUGACCCAAAAAAAUGCACUGCACUUGGCAUUGCUGCUAAAUAACGUGAAGUACGUUCCACCUGUAUGUCGGAUAGGUAAGUUAAACACUAAAAAACUGUUAAGACAUUAAAUGACAUUUAUUGUUCUGUAUUGUGAGCUGAGUCAUGCCCGUCUUUUAUCUUUGUUCCAGAUCAUAAUGCGCCGUUAUUUAAAGUUGAAUAAAUGUGUUACUUUUGAUAAA